CUCCAUCUCUGCGCUGCUGGCCGGCUGCGCCAUCCACGCACUCUGACUCCGCCACUGGUGAGGGACUGGGAUCCCGCUGCAGACACCUCGUCCCGGACAGAACGCAGGCAUGGCAUCCGAAAAGUCAGGCCUACCGGACUCGGUCCCUCACACCUCCCCUCCCCCGUACAAUGCCCCUCAGCCCCCCGCCGAACCUCCAGCGCCACCCCUGCAGACCGCCCCCUCCUCUCACCAUCACCACCACCACCACUACCACCAAUCCGGCACCGCCACCCUCCCGCGCUUAGGAGCCGGCGGCCUGGCCUCUUCCUCCGCCAGCGCUCAGCGUGGCCCCUCGUCUUCUGCCACGCUGCCACGACCCCCGCACCACGCCCCGCCCGGACCCGGCGCCGGGGCACCCCCGCCCGGAUGUGCUACCUUGCCCCGCAUGCCACCCGACCCUUACCUACAGGAGACUCGCUUCGAGGGCCCACUGCCCCCGCCGCCCGCCGCGGCCGCUCCGCCCCCGCCAGCGCCCUCGCAGACUGCCCAGGCCCCGGGCUUCGUGGUGCCCACGCACGCGGGGACGGUGGGCACGCUGCCGCUGGGGGGCUACGUGGCCCCAGGCUACCCCCUGCAGCUGCAGCCAUGCACUGCCUAUGUACCCGUCUACCCUGUGGGCACGCCCUAUGCGGGCGGGGCCCCGGGGGGAGCGGGGGUGACCUCCACGCUUCCCCCGCCGCCCCAGGGUCCAGGGCUGGCCCUGCUGGAGCCAAGGCGCCCGCCGCACGACUACAUGCCCAUCGCGGUGCUGACCACCAUCUGCUGCUUCUGGCCCACCGGCAUCAUCGCCAUCUUCAAGGCAGUGCAGGUGCGCACGGCCUUGGCCCGCGGAGACAUGGUGUCGGCCGAGAUCGCCUCGCGCGAGGCCCGCAACUUCUCCUUCAUCUCCUUGGCCGUGGGCAUCGCGGCCAUGGUGCUGUGUACCAUCCUCACCGUCGUCAUCAUCAUCGCCGCGCAGCAUCACGAGAACUACUGGGAUCCCUAGGGAUGCCCCCCGGCCCCGCCCCGCCCCGCGCCCUUCCUAGGGCCUUUAGCAGUCCCGCCACGGAGUCCCGGGGCACCUGCACACCCGCCUCCGGAGCCGCCCGACGAGGAUAGACCCCAAACGCCGCCUCCACGGAACCCCUCACCUGGCGAGCACGCUCCGAAUCCAGUUCCUCAGGAACCCCCCUCCCCAAAGUCCACCC